ACUCCUCUCACUGCACUUCGACCGUCGCUGUUCAGAUGUCCACUCUGAAAGAACACAUUUGAGUUGAAGAUCAUGACCGAGGAGGCUUUUGAUGUUGUGGUGGUCGGUUCAUGCAUGACCGACUUAGUGAGCCAGGUACCAAGGCUACCCAAAGCAGGGGAAACCAUUCAUGGUCACAAGUUCUUCAUUGGCUUUGGUGGGAAAGGGGCCAACCAGUGUGUUCAGGCUGCCAGACUGGGAGUCAAAACUGCUAUGAUCUGCAAGGUUGGUAAAGACUUCUUUGGAGAAAAUUAUAUCCAGAAUUUCAAGGACAAUGAUGUGUAUACAGACUUUGUCUGGCAGACUUCAGAUGCAGCCACAGGAGCUGCUUCAAUCACCGUCAACGACGCAGGUGAAAAUGCUAUUGUGAUUGUGGCUGGUGCUAACAUGCUGCUGGGCAGUGAAGAGCUACAACAAGCUCUUCCAGCCAUCAGAAAAGCAAAAGUGUUGGUGUGUCAGCUGGAGAUCAAUCCACAGAUUUCCCUCCAAGCUCUACAAAUGGCUCAUGACAACAAAGUGAAGACAAUAUUCAACCCUGCUCCUGCCAUUCCUGAUUUGGACUACAGUUUCUACGGAGUGUCUGAUGUGUUUUGCUGUAAUGAGUCUGAGGCUGAGUUACUCACUGGCUGUUCAGUAAAAAAUGUGGAGGAAGCACAUCGUGCUGCCCAGGAGCUGCUGAAACGAGGCUGUGGGGCGGUCAUCAUCACUUUAGGACCCCAAGGCUGUGUGGUGCUCAAGGCACAGGAGGAAACUUCAACACAUGUUCCAGCCUAUGCAGUCACAGCAGUGGACACUACAGGAGCUGGAGACAGUUUUAUCGGCGCGCUGGCCUUUUACAUGGCUAACCAUCCCAUGAUGCCUCUGGAGGAGAUGGCACAAAGAGCCAAUCAAGUAGCGGGACUGAGCGUGCACGUUGUCGGCACACAGACAUCAUUCCCAUUUAAACAGGACCUACCUGCCAAACUGUUCUGUAAUUAAUUGCACAAAUCCGUGUUAAUGGACCAAGUCUGGACUGACCUGAACGGACUUAAAACUCAAGAGCAAUAUGAGCAAAAUGGACAAUAAAACACUUCUUCACUUGUAAAGAAAGUAGUUGACAUAAUUUAUUGAAUUACC